AUGUCUGCCGAUAAAUAUUAUACUCUUGCGGAAGGAUGCCCCUUCGCUAGCAACAACACCGCGCUCUUGAUGCGGAAUCGUCCAGGAACUGGCGGUCUAGGUCUGCUCCAAGACACUCAGCUCAUUGAGACACUCGCGCACUUCAAUCGCGAGAGAAUCCCCGAGCGCGUUGUUCAUGCAAAGGCCGUUGGCGCAUAUGGAGAAUUUGAAGCUACCGAGGACUGCUCCAACCUGACCUCUGCGAGCUUCCUCAGCAAAGUUGGAAAGAAGACCCCUAUUCUCCUUCGUGUUUCCACCGUCGGUCCGGAAUCGGGCUCUGCGGAUACUUCGCGGGACGUUCAUGGAUGGGCGAUGAAGAUGUACACCGACGAAGGAAAUCUUGACUGGGUCUUCAACAAUACGCCUGUGUUCUUUAUUCGAGAUCCCAUCAAGUUUCCCUCUGUGAAUCGCUCCCACAAGAGGAAUCCCCAAACCCAUUUGCCCGAUCCAAACAUGUUUUGGGACUUCCACGUCGGGAACCCGGAAGGCAUCCAUCAACUUUUGAUUCUUUUCAGUGACAGAGGAACCCCACGAUCAGUUCGAUUUCUCAAUUCAUACAGUGGACAUACAUACAAGUUCACAAAGGCGGAUGGUUCGUUCAAUUACAUCAAAGUCCAUAUGAAGACGCGACAGGGCGUGAAGAAUUUCACACAAGAGGAAGCAACUCGUGUCGCAGGAGAGGACCCUGAUUAUAUGAUCAGAGACAUGUUCGACGCCAUUGAACGAAAAGACUUCCCGCAGUGGGAUGUUUUUGUGCAAGUAAUGAGCCCUUCCGAAGCCGAAACCUAUCGCUGGAAUAUUUUCGACAUGACCAAAGUCUGGCCCAAGAAGGACUUCCCAUUGAGGAAGAUUGGUAAAAUGACUUUGAAUCGCAAUCCCGACAACUAUUUUACCGACAUCGAACAGGCCGCUUUCUCGCCUUCCACUAUGGUUCCCGGAUUUGCAGCUUCCGCUGAUCCUGUCCUCCAAGCCCGUUUGUUUGCGUACCCCGAUGCAGCUCGAUACCGUCUUGGUGUCAACUACCAACAGCUCCCCACCAAUGCUGCCAAAGUCCCUGUUUACUGUCCAUUUGAACGAGAUGGAGCAAUGCGAUUUGAUAAAAAUUACGGUGCUGACCCCAAUUACGUUGGAUCUACCCUGCAGCCAACGCAGUUCAAGACCAAGGAAAACGGUGUUACCGCUCAGUCACUCAGCGUCCAUACCGACCACGAGAAAUGGGCUGGCGAAGUGUCAGCAUACACUAGUCAGAUUACUGACGAUGAUUUCGUUCAGCCUGCAGCUUUGUGGGAAAUCCUUGGGCGCGAGCCAGGGCACCAGGACAGGGUCAUUCAUAACCUUGCGGGAAAUAUCAGUGGGGUUACGUCACCCAAGUUACGCGAGGGUGUUUACGCACUUUUCGGUCGUGUCAAUCAAGAACUCGGGGCUAGGCUUCGAAAAGCGACGGAGGCCAAGGUUAAGAACUGA